AGCGACAGACAGAGCUGAGUUAUGAACACUCAGAACAGAAAAGACCCUCAAGGCAAGGACAGGGAGGGACCAGAGACUUUGGGUGCCAAGAACAAAGGGCUGGGGUGCUGCUGUAUCAAGCUGAUGAAUUGUCACCGUGCCACCCCCAGAUUCUCUCCCUAGGUGUGUUUGUUUAUCGGUUCCUCCCUGCCAAGCUUAAACGCUGCACACAUUGAAGGCUGAUCACAGUCCCGCAGAUUCCUGAGCCCGAGUCCCAUCAUGAGCACCUCCAGAACCGUCCUCUGCAUCCUGUUCCUCUGUGGGGCACUGGGUCUCACCACUGCUCCGGCCCCAGGUCGGCUCCGCUGUUACACUUGCACCUUCGCCAAACCCUGCUACCCAGUUCCCACUGAGUGUCAGGACGACGAGGUCUGUGGCAUCAGCAUUGGCACCUCAGACCAGAAUGAUGAAGUCAUCGAGAGGAGAGCUUGCCUUCCAAGGGCCCAGUGCCCUCUGCCGGGCCAUACCACCUACUGGCUCCGCUCCUACACGCUGACGCAUCACUGCUGUGAGCAGGACCUGUGCAACACGGCCACCUGGCUGCAGGGGCCUCCCAGCCUCCUCCUCGCCACCCUGCUCCUUGCAGCCAGCUUCACCUGGGGUGGACACCUCUUCCACUAG